UACGAAACAGCGCUCUCUAGUCACAGAUUUCGAUAGGUCACAGAUUUCGGCACAGCAGGGACUUCCUGCAACUAACGUGAGGUAAUGCCGUUGUUGUUGUUAGUGUGACGUAAUCACCUCAUGGGUCACGAUCGAGGGGAAGUAAAUUCGAAAGGCUGAUGGCUUUUUAUUUGCAUGAUAUUAUUUUUGACUUGACUAAUAUGAUUUUAUUUUGUUCAAUUUAUUGAUAAAAUACGCUAUUAAAAAAAAAUCUGGAAAUCAUCUUGCGACCCCGCCCUCGCAAACCCUGCUUUGGGAAUCCCUGCAAUAGAAGUCAAUGGGCCCGAGUGUUGAUUAGUUUUCAACAUUCUUCAAUAGCAAUGUCAGCUCAUCUUGUGUCAGUCUCUACAAGAUACACUCUGCUGGCGAAAGCGCGUGACUCUGUUUUCUUACCAGGAUCUUGUUCACGCCAUGUGACCGGCACAGACCUGCCUCAGGACUGCUGGAUUUUAUUACUCUCCCAGUACUGUGUGUGUGUUUGCAUGAGUCAGAUUUCACGGGUGAAAACAGCUUUUGACCGCUGUGUGCUGGAGCUCUGUUUUGCUCUUGCUCUAGAUCUGGCUGCUAAAUCUGUCCUGUGCUGUUACAUCUGACGCAAUAAAACACAACGUGGAUGUUUUACUGCUGCUGCUUGUCAUGAUGGCCAUAUUUUAUAUAUUUACAUUCUGAUACACUAGCCAAUCUUUGAGACAGUGUAAAUCACACAAGUUAUGGAAAUACCACGAUGGCCUUCAUCAGAAAGUCCUGAUAGGACAAAAAAGUUUUAAGCAAUAUUCAGAUCCCUAUCUCAUUUAACUAUAUGCUCUACAAUUAGUUAAAUAAAUAACCUUAUGAAUAAAAUGAUAAAUUCUUUGAAAACAACUGGACUUCACAAACUGAAAUGAAUCUGUAUCUAGUGAAAUAAAGAAGCCGUGUUAAUGAAAACACUUUUGGCUGCCAAAACACGAAAUAAAAUAGCACUGUACUGUGAAUCCCAUGUUAUUAAUAGUCUGCCCGACCCAUACAAUCCACCUUUUUUUUUCAGGUCAAGCAUCAGUCCCGAAUAACCUUGUUCUGGCAUGCACAAUGUAUUAAUUUUAGCUGUGCUGACUAGACCGAACACUUACAAUACUUGUCAUUUAAGACAUCUCGGGUGUGAUGUCUUGAGAAGUAAAAAACAUCUUUGGCAGCCUCGUACAUUCUUAUUGUAGUUCUGCGUCUGAAUAAAGUCAUAUAAUGGGAUUUUUUUAUUUGUGACAGAAAUUAUCUUACAUUUUAUAAUAAUAUAUAUAAUAUUUAAGUGUUGUGUGGAUUUCUGCCAUUCAAUUUCAUGCACCAGAAGAUUAACUUUAUUAAAAAGAUUAAAAAAAGGCGCAGGUUGUGAAAGUGACAGGUAGCAACAAAACAGCACCGCGCCGCAAUUGGUUAACCCUCAAACACCUGUAGCCAAUCAGAGUCGCGGACUGCUAGAAUCCAAUGCGCGAAUUGGUUGUCUGGUAAAAGUCAGCAAGCUCUGAAUGUCAAGCGCGCGCUGAUUAGUCGGUGAUGUCUGACCAGCGAGCCGGAGCAGAGGAGGCUAUAAAUACUGCUCCGAACGCGCUGCGUCUCAUUUGUUUUGAGAGUGUGUGGUUGUAUGAGAGGAAGGAACGUUUGCGUGGCUCUUUGGACUAUUUAAAGGAAAAAUUGUAAAUUAUUUUAACAAAUACAUUUGUUUCACAACGCACUUUAUACAACCGAAAAGGUAUUCACGAUGGUUGCAACAAGCACACUCAACAGAAACUCCGAAUGCCUCUCUGAAUUCGCUGAUCAGGGAUAUGACAAGGCUUGUAUGGAUUAUGAAAUGGAGUUUUGGGAGAGGUGUUUGGCUGCGCCCUACCUGGGUGCAGAAGUGUGCGAGGCACAUGCAUGUCAAGAGCUUGCCCGGCUGCUGGAGGGCUGUCUGGCCAGGGCCAAGGCCAGCAAGCUACAAUGUGCCCAUGUGCUUGUUCCAGAGACUCUCACCCAGCGGGUGGCCCGGGAUGUGCUCCGACUGGCUGCGGAGGAACCUUGUGGGUUAAGGGGCUGUGUGCUGGACAUACGUCUGGAGCUGGAGGAUCAGCAGCGGCGCUGCGAGAGACUUGAACGCCUUGCUUGCGACGCAACUGUGGUGCCAACCUUUGAAUUGACUCUGGUUUUUAAACAGGAUGGUGGUGGUUGGCCAAGCCUGCGUGAGUUUUUACGUAUAGGUACGUGUUUUCCACCUGGUGUGCGGCGGGUACUUAAACUGCGUCCUGGGUUUCGGCUGAUUAAGAAGAAACUGUACUCCUCAGCUGCUGGAACUGUAAUCGAGGAGUGCUGAAAAGGAUAUUUUGGAGGCCGGGAGGUGUUUAAUGGUACAAUGCACUGAUAACUUUAGUACAAAGAAUGUAAGCGUCUGCUGAGGUGCAGCUCAUGUUUUGUAGGCUUUUUUUACUAUUGGUAUUAGGGCUGUGUUUUGGGGUGAUGUUGGAUAAAAUGGGGAGUUUUGUAAUAAUUGGUGUACUGGGUGUACUGUAGUUUCUGGAAGUAUUAGAGCAAGUGUUGUUCAUGUUGUGGCCUUGACUUUGUGCCAGCCUCACCCAAAAAGAACACUAUUUUAAGCUCGAGUGAAGGGUACACAAUGAGUUUUGUUUUUCAUAAUUUUAUUUCACAUGUAAAUCCCGAAAUAAGAAGCGUUUUCAAAAUUCCCAGUUAACAUUGGCUGUCAUGCUGUCAAAAAAGGCUUCACUUUCAAGGGGGCCAUAUUUCUGAAUAUAUUGGGCUUUAAGUGUCUGUCACAAUGUUAAUUGUUGUUGCACAAUUGUUCAUCUAGUGUUUGUCCUUUUGUCCUUGAGCUUUAUUUUAUUCUUGCUACUGAAUAAACUUGUUUAUUUUUGCCUGCUGUGCUUUUACGGCAGCUGAACGUUCCUGUUACAGGAAGUUGAAAAGCCUUGUCUAUUGAAAAAUAAACUAUAUUUUCAAACAUA